AUGGAUUGCCGCGAGGCGAGGUGCAUCAUCCAAAACAAGCGGGAAUCAUGGGGCUUCUGGAAGCCUUCUCGAAACCUUCCUCAAGAGGACAAGUUUCAAUCUCUCGCCAAUCUCAAGUACCACAACAGCGCCUCCGCUACCCCUGUCCAGGAACCCACGGCGUGUGAAUGGCAGUCCGUCCACAGGAGCGCCAUUCUUUUCAAUGCAACCACCCGAAAUGCCCAUUUCAUGCAAACAGGAAACGGGCUUGGCUGGUUUGUCGAGCAGGCUCCUCCACCAACGUCCAUUCAACCGCGAAAGAAGUCACGACGAGGACGUGACAGGCCAGCCUCAAGCCUUCUCAUCUGUCAUUCUCCAGCCGUGAGCUCGCGGCUAUUUCACUGUGCUGUAGCCUGGUACAAGGGGGAAAACACAUCCGGGUACUAUCACGACAUGAUGGCAAACGACGGGGCAUGCAGCCUACGUAGAUUGAAGCAGGCGUCGAAUAUUUAA